GCUUGAUCUAUAAUUUCAUGUGACGUCUUCACGUCUCCUCGAACAAAUUUAGAUUAAUAUAAUUACAUAUAUUAAACUGAUUAGUAAAUAAUUACAAAAAACCAUUAUACAAAUUUGUUUGAUGGUCAAAAGAUUCAUAACUAGAAUAACAAGGUUUUUUUCAGCGCUGUAUCAUUGGUUUAAAAAUCUUUUCGACAGAAAAUCCGAUUCUGAUAAUUUAAACGUUAAACUAACCAAUUUCAAAGAUAUUGAACUUGGUAAGCAGGAUAGCAUAAGCACAGACUGCAGCAUUAGUAACAAAAAUCAUAUGGAAAAUUAUAUGACAAUGGAGUACGAAUUUGAAGAAACAUACGACUCUGAGUUUCCAAAACUCCCCAAAAAUUCUCAGGACAACUUCGAAAACUCAGAAUCAAACAGCGACAUCGUCGAUGUAGCCGAGCAAAUUCAUGAAAUGGAGGAACUGAUGUCAGAAGAUACCGGAAGCACUCCAGCAUCAGAAGCACCAGAAGCAUCAGAAGCUUCAGAAGAAUCAGAAGGGUCAUCUGAACGUGGUGUUGAAGAAUCAUCUGAACGUGGUGUUGAAGAAUCAUUGGACGUACACGAGACACCAGAGGACGACGUUGAGGAAUCAAAACCAGAGGCUGAUGAGUCAUCUGAGGACGAUGAAGAGUACGGAGUUGAUAUGAGAAGUGUAGAGGAGGCAAUGAAGUCCAUGGAAGUCCAAGAACUCCAGCUACCAAAGGGUUCAGUUGGAGCUCCAACGGAGAAACCCGUAAGGAAGUUAAAGACCGAGAAACUCAACUGGGAGCCGAAAGCCUCAGUACCCAAGUACUCAAUGACUUUAAACAGCAAACUCCUUAAGGAAGACGGCGUUAAAACCUCAGUGACCACAAGGGGUAAGGGACUUGCAAUGGUCCAGAAAAUCACUGAGAUAAACCAGACCAAGGUCAAGAGCGCCAAGGAGCAGUUCAAAAAGGAGCUCGAAGAGAAAAGAGCAGCUGAGUUUGAGGCCAGAGCCAAGAUUGUUGAGGCUGAGAGAAAAAGGGUUGCGGAAGCCAAGAAAAAGCUUGAGAUGAAAGCCCUGAAAACUAAGCAAGAGGCUUUGGAAAGGUACAAACGUGAAAAGGAAGAAAAAGUCAAAAUAAGGAGCGAAAACGAGGCUGUGAAGGAAAAAAUUUUAAAAGCUAAAGUUGAUGCCAUUAUCAGCAGCAAAAAAUAA